AUCACAGCAGAGCGAGUCUGCCUGCGCCAGCGGGAGAGCUGCCUGCACGGAACUGCAGACGCAGUCGGCCGUGGUGGAAUUCAUCAUGGACCACGCAGACGUCCUCUUCUGCUCCACAUCUGGACCUGACCUGACUCACCUGAGCAGAGCAGGGACGUGGAAGUGGAAGAAGGCCCUACAACUUAACCGGGCAAAUUCCACACAGCCAUCGACUUUCCACCUGAAAGCCUGGGAAAACCAUCCUCUGGGGCCAAACGGCAACCACAGCGCCAUCCCAGGGAGCCCUCAGAAACCAGACGUUGUAGUGCUGGCAGGUGAAUUGAGCCCUUGUCAAGCCAAAAGAUCCAGAGCAAAUAGUGAUGAUGCGCUGUGUGCUUCCACACAUGGAGAGCUCUUAGGAAGCACAAAUGGCUGCGGUUCAGAUGACAGCCUUCAACGUAACAACGAGGAUGGAGAGAAGGAGCUCAUCCAAGUCCAAGUCCUCGUUUCUCCCGGCUCUGCUGAAGUUGCUGACCCAAGGCUGCCAGACACCACAGGCACCAGCCUGGACUGUGACCCAGUGCCUCUGCAGUGCAGCCCAGCCCAAGCACAGCCCGGGUGCCCCGACAGCAGCACCUCCGUGCAGGAGCAGUUCACCCUGACCCAGCGUCUCAUUGGUCAGUGGCAAUGCCGUCCCGCCUCCGCCAGCCUCUCAUUGGUCAUCGGAAGCGCUGUCCCGCCCUCGCCAGUCUCGCAUUGGUCUUCGGCAGUACUGUCCCGCCUCCGCCAGCGUCUCAUUGGUCAACGGCAGUGCCGUCCCACCCCCGCCAGCCUCUCAUUGGUUAUCGGCAGAGCCAUACUGCCCUCGCCAGCGUCUUAUUGGUCAGUGGAAGUGACGUCCCGCCCUUGCCAGUCUCUCAUUGGUCAGUGGCAACGCCGUCCCGCCUCCGCCAGCCUCGCAUUGGUCAUCGGCAGCACUGUCCCACCCCAGGCAGCGUCGUAUUGGUCAUCGGCAGCACUGUCCCCUCCCUGCCAGUCUCUCAUUGGUCAGCGGCAGUGCUGUCCCUCCCCAGCAGCCUAUCAUUGGUCAGUGGCAGCGCCGUCCCGCCCCCACCAGCCUCUCAUUGGUCAUCGGAAGCACUGUCCUGCCCUUGCCAGUAUCUCAUUGGUCAUCGACAGUUCCGUCCCCCACUCGCCAGACUCAUUGGUCAGUGGCAACGCCGUCCCGCCUCCGCCAGCAUCUUAUUGGUCAUCGGCAGCGCAGUCCCGCCCUCGGCAGCCUCUCAUUGGUCAUCGGCAACACCAUCCCACCCCUGCCAGCCUAUCAUUGGUCAGUGGCAGCACUGUCCCGCCCCAGGCAGCAUCGUAUUGGUCAUCGGCAGCACUGUCCCAUCCUCGGCAGCCUCUCAUUGGUCAUCGACAGUGCCGUCCCACCCCCGUGUGCCUCUCAUUGGUCAUAGGCAGCACUGUCCCGCCCUCGCCAGCCUCUUAUAGCCUCUGAUAAGGCUGUAGUCCAAACCUUGGUGAAGAGUGGUCUUCUGGGGCUCUGUGUCGCCCUCUAAGGCUCCAGUUUUGCCAUUCCCGAAGGCAGGUGGCACCGAUCCACUGGUACAGGACCCAAGAGAAAUUAAUGGCACGGCUCUCAACGACGAGGCCCUUCUUUCAGGUUGGGGUGAAUCGUAAUUUGGAAACACCUUUCUGCCUCCGUGGGCUGCCUUUCUCUUUUGGACUGGAUACCUGGGUUUUUGGUGGCUGAAUUGAGGUGCGCUGGCUCUUAGCGCUGUUGUUAGCCAAAAUAUUAACUCUCUCUCUACUUCUAUGCUCCUUUUUGAAACAGGCGCCCCAAAGCUGCACAGAAUGGAGCAAAUUGUCUUGAGGGAGAUCACGCGGCACGUGCGGGAUGAGUGGGGGAUCAGGCCUAGCAGCAUGGGUUCACGAAGGGCAGCUCCUGUUUGGCCAACCUGAUCUCCUUUAUGAUCCGGUGACCCAUCUGGUGGAUGAGGGAAAGGCUGUUGAUGUGUUCUGCCUAGACUUCAGCAAAGCUUUUGGCGCUGUCUCCUGCAGCAUUCUCCUGCAGAAGCUGGCAGCUUGGAUGGCUGCACUCUGUGCUGGGUGAGGAGCUGGCUGGAGGGCCGGGCUCAGAGAGUGGCGGUGAAUGGAGUUAAACCCAGCUGGUGACCAGUCCUGAGCGGUGUGCCCCAGGGCUCGGUGCUGGGCCUGUCCUCCUCGAUAUCUUGAUUGAUGACCUGGAGGAGGGCAUCGAGUGCACCCUCAGUACAUUCACAGAUGGCAACAAAUGGGCUGGAAGUGUGGAUCUGCCUGGGGGUGGCGAGGCCACACAGAGGGAUCUGGACAGGCUGGAGAGCUGGGCUGAAGCCCAUGGGCUGAGGUUCAACAAGGCCAAAUGCCAGGUCCUGCACUUGGGCUGCAACAACCCCAGGUGACGCUGCAGGCUGGAGGACGGCAUAGAGGAAAUGGAUCUGGGGGUAUGGAUGGAUGCUGGGCUGAACAGGAGCCCACAGUGUGCCCAGGUGGCCAAGAAGGCCAAGGGCAGCGCUGCCAGCAGGAGCAGAGA